GGAGACUGAGAGAUGCAAGGAGCUUGCAAGGUUGGAACAUGAUGGAUUCGGGUAGAUGUUAUCUCCAUUCAGCCCAGAUGGUGAACUGCGAUUUUGGGGAUGGAACAAGAGAGGAGGAAAGCAAGAAGUAGAGUCGUUGUUCCUUACCUCUCCCCGCCUCCUCCUCCCUUCAUCAACUUCGUUGGCCUCCUGUCCUCCGCAAACCAGCUCUGGUGCCAGCUGUCAGAUCGCAACAACGGCAACUGGACUCAAGACUCGUCACUUGCGGUCUCAAGUUCGUUCAUGCCGUUGAAAGGGCAGGACAUACUCUUCCCAUCCACCGUUACAGUCUUGGCGAAUGAGAACAGGAAGCGGAACUCGACAUCUAUCCAGUACUUCCCCUCCAGCCCCAAAGCAUCUUUCUGCUCUCCUUUGCACUACAUGGAAGCUCUCGCCGCGUCUCACGUCUGCUCCUUCUCCCUCCAAGACAAAUUCAAGGAUGCUUUCAACCCUUUCGGGAUGUUUGGGAACCUCGAGUCAUGCUCGCUCCCGUUCGCAGCAGUGGCUUCUCGCUUCUGCAACUCGACUUGUGCCGAUGAAGAUUCAAUCUGUCUACAAUAUUCAAGCAUUCUUCCCGAAGCAAAGUGCAGCCCGUCGUGCUGGUCAGUUUGCAGUGCCAUCCAGUGCCAGCAGGGAUACGACAGAGUAUGGAUAGGAGAUCGCUUCAUCUGCUACGCCAACGAGUUUGAGCUGGAUGAGCUUUCCUACAAGAUCGGAGAGACGAUGGGAAGGAACGCAGCGGAGGAGGAGCUCCGGCAGCAAUACGCAUGGAAAGCGAACAUGUCGUCAGGAGGGAUCGCUGUACUGUCUAUCUUCCUCAUCAUCAUCUCAGCAAUUGCAG